AUGGCCCCCGCCGCCGCCAGCCCCCCGGAGGUGGUCCGCGCGGCGCAGAAGGACGACUACUACCGCGGCGGGCUGCGGAGCGCGGCGGGCGGCGCCCUGCACAGCCUGGCGGGCGCGAGGAAGUGGCUGGAGUGGAGGAGGGAGCUCGAGCUGCUCUCCGACGUCGCCUAUUUUGGCCUCACCACGCUCGCAGGCUACCAGACCCUCGGGGAGGAGUACGUCGGCAUCGUCCAGGUGGACCCGUCUGGGCGCCGCGUGCCCUGGCUGCGCCGCGGCCUGCUGGUGGCCCUGCACGCCGUCCUGCCCUACCUGCUGGACAGAGCCCUGCUGCACCUGGAGCACGAGCUGCAGGCAGAUGGUGGUGGGCGGCCCUCCCAAGGCAGCCUGGCGCUGGGGGGCGCCGGCUCAGGGGCCCGGCGUCUGGUGCAGCGGCACACGGCCGGGCUGUCGGAGCCGCAGCGGAGGGCGCUCCUGCAGGUCACAGCGGGAUUGCGGUGGGGCCUGGGCUGCCUGCAGCGGCUCCACGUAGCUUGGUUCUACAUCCACGGCACCUUCUACCACCUGGCCAAGCGGCUGGCAGGCGUGGCCUAUCUCCGCGUCCACCGCCCGCCCGCAGAAGACACGCAGGCGCGCGCCAGCUACCGGCUGCUGGGGCUGGUGUCCCUGGCGCACCUGGCGCUGGCCGCCGGCCUGCAGCUGCUCGCCCUCCGGCAGAGACGUCGCGCCCGCCGCGACGGGAGGCUGCCCCGAGGCCUGGCCCACCGCAGGAGCCACGCGGAAGACAGAGCGGCCCCCAGGGGCUCCCUGUGCACGCUGUGUCUGGAGGAGCGCCGGCACCCCACGGCCACGCCCUGUGGCCACCUCUUCUGCUGGGAGUGCGUCACCCAGUGGUGUGACACCAAGACGGAGUGCCCCCUGUGCAGAGAGGCGUGCCCGCCGCAGAAGCUCGUCUACCUGCGCCACUACCGCUGACCCGGCCCGGCGCGCCGCCGCCUCACCUGUCUGGCCCCGAGACCGCGCCAGCAGGGCGGGGGCAGCUGCCGGACCCGGCUGCACCGGCGGGCAGUGCCAGGGUCCGGAGGCCCCGCACUCCCCCCGUGCGCACCUUAGGACAGCGGCUCCUCGGGAAUUUCUGGUUUGGACGCGGCCUGGGCUUCCCUCCCGUCCCCACCGCCAGGCCAGGAACGCCAGGCAGGCCGGGCCUGGCUGGGCCAUUUGUGAGGAGAAAGGGAUCCCGGCCUCGGGUACCUGCCGGAAAGGCCGCUGUGGCCACUGGCCAGAGAACAGCGGUCACUCCAGGCGUUCCCGAGACCCGAGGCGGCUGCUGGCCGAGGCGGCGGGGCCCCACCUCCACGAGCCCUCAGGGACGCCGGCAGCUGCAGGCCCGGAGCGAUGCUCAGACCGCAGAGCCCUGACCAGGGCCACGGGGCAGGGGCAGCCCCCGGGCCACAGGGCCAUCCGGGCCGCGCAGGGCUGGCGUGUUCCAGAGAG